AAGCUAUCUGCGUGCUGCGAAAAGACUCAGUCAAAGUCUUUGGAAGCGGUCUUGUAGUUGCAGCUUAAUACAAAGCCACAGUAUGCAGCCCAUCGCUAUGCCUCUCUGUCUCUAGUCGCUUCGAAAUAAUUAGACGCAAAAUUAUGCCUUCGUCUCUUUCCACCCCCGCCUGCGUGGUCCGCCUCCCGACCGCGGAGCGAAACGCAAAAAAGAUGCUGGACAAGUGCAAGAAACUCGACCUGAACUUCCGUCCGCACGUCAAGACGCACAAAACGUUGGAGGGCGCUUUAUGGCGUUCUCAAACGUUACAUUCUCAACUGUUACAUGGAUUUGUAUUGCAAAAACAGCAACAGUGAAAGUGCCAAUAUUGCAGCUUUCGCAUCACAGAUUUUCCACAGAUCAUCAUGCUGUUUAGCCCUUCGAAGGUUUGUCAUGCUAAGCACCUUGAUCAAGUGGAGGCUAAUGGCAAUUGUGCAUGACAAAUCCGUGUAACAGUUGAGAAUGUAACAGCUGAGACCGCCAUACGCUUUGCUGCAAACCGGAGGGAAGAGAUCCACGAUCAUCGUGUCAACGUUGCAGGAAUUGGAUUUCUACGUGAAUAGGCACAACUUCACGGACGUGAUCUACGCGAUUCCUUUUCCGGUUUCCAAGGUGAAAAGCGAGAUUCUGCAGCCGUUUUUGUUUUCAAAAUCUUCGAAGGAAGUACUACCAGACAAGGGGGAAUCAAGUUCAUCACCAAAGAGGCGGAAGAAGGACGAGGUUAAUAAUACGGAACAGCAAAAAACACCGGAGGAGAAGGUUGUGCACUUCCUAAUCGAUCACGUGCAGCAAGCGGAGUUUUUGGUGAAAAAAGCGAAGAUAACGAAGAAGCUGUCCGUCUAUGUUAUGGUCGGGGGAAGAUCAUCUACAGCUUCACAGCAAGAAGCAUCAUCAAAGAGAAAGAGCGGCAGUACUGUUGCUGCCAAGAAACCAAAUCAAGACCACCUCGAACAACAACAUCAGCCACUGCAGAUGCACCAGGCUGGGUUAAACCCGGAGGGAGAAGAGGCAUUGGAUCUGAUGCGAUUUCUACUGGCAAACCCAAAAUCCUUCACACUACACGGGAUCUACAUCCACGCAGCCCCGGCGUACAGCUGUCAAACGCAGAAGGAGUGCGUCGAGGCGUUUGUCGAGGAAGCAACGACUGCCGUGGAGUUUGCCAAGCGGGUGUACGAAACUUGUGACCAAUUCGAAUUCCCCGAAAUCACCAUCGGCAGCACGCCCAGCUGCAGUUUCGAGAUUCCGAAUAGGUAUCUACCGCUACAAGGGAAAACAUUUUUACCAACGGCGAUCAGUCGGAUAAAUCCGAACUACAAGCCGAAAGUGUUUAAACUGACGGAGCUCCAUUGCGGGAACUACCUAUUGUGAGGAAAAAUUAUUCCCCCUCCCCAUACCGAAAAGGAAAUUUGUGAUGCUGAUAUGUGGUUGCAAAUCAGAUUUGUCUUGCAGAAAGUGCCUGGCGGUAUUUAUUUCCAAGCCUGUUCGGGUAUGCAGAAGGCUAGCAAUUAGGCAUAGCAAACAGGUUUGCAGUAGUCGAAAGCUCAUGACAGACGGGGUUUAGAAUGCGCCACAGGGCUCCUGUUGCCCUGUCGGCAAGACAAAAGUGAUUUGUGGCCACAAAUCAGCAUCACAGAUUUCCAGUUUGAUAUGGGGAGGGGGGGAUUUUUCACUUUGAUCCUACCUCUUUUUCGACCAGAUGCAGGUAUCAAAUGUAAAAAUGUCUGGGUCUGGAAGAAUGGAAGGCUUGUCAUGCUUGUCUGGCAUGACCCAUGAUGCUUGUAAUGCAUGACCCAGCAUCACAGAUUUUUGGAAAGCUUCCUGAUGCCACUUCCGCAUGACAAAUGCCCUCCUCGCCUAGCACAAAUGUGGCUCCUCUUGCUGGUCAUGCAAUACAGAUUUUUUUAGAGUCCAAAGUUAGCAUCACAAGUUCCAACUUUCCAGACCCAGACAUUUUUACAUUUGAUAGCAGGCGGAUUUGAUCAAAAGCUGCGACAUUUCCGAUAUUGUGAGGCAAAAUCCCUCCUCCCCAUAUUGGAAACGCAUCCGUCUGAAAAUUUGUGAUGCAGAUUUGUGACCACAAAUCGCGUCUGUCUUGCAGGAAGGCAAGUUCAGGCUGUGCGCCACGUUAUGCAGGCGCUUGGUAAUGCUGGAAGGCCAACAGGGCGGCCGUCUACCAUGCUAGGCGCCUACACCAAAAGGCCCCUGCCUAGGCUUACGAUCCGCGUGCAGUCCUCUACUGCAACACAGACUUGAUUUGUGUAUCCAAAUCCAGCAUCAGAAACUUCGUCUCGAUAUGGGGAGGGGGGAUUUUUCCUUUUGAUAUCUGACGUUGCGUGUUUUGUGAAAGCGACGGUGAUAUCGAUUUACGAAGAGAAACUCCUGAUCGACUGCGGUUGGACGGGCAUGUCCGCGCAAUAUGAAUCGCAAAAAUGUCUGGGUCUGGAAGAUUGCAACUUGUCAUGCUAAAUCUGAAUGAUGCAGAAAUCUGUGUUGCGUGAGUACCAAAAGCUGUCCACUUUUGACCAAGUUGGAACGGAGUUUCUCAUGCAGAAUAGGCAUGGCAGAGACCUCGCAGAGUCUGUCAUGCUAAGUCCCGCAUUCCAGACCUCAUGGGUCAUGCAAACCCUGCAUGACGUGUCCUAAAAUCUUCCAGACCCAGACAUUUUUGCGAUUGAUACGCAGGGGGCGGAAGUGAAUUACGGCAGAAUUCUGUCGCACCCGGAGUUGAAAAUCAAGAGCCUCAAGUAUCAAAGUGAAAAAUCCCCCCUCCCCAUAUCAAAGCCGAAAUCUGUGAUGCGAAAUUUGUGUACACAAAUCCAAUCUGUCUAGCAGUAGAGGACUGCAGGCAGAUGCAGCGACUGAGUAGGGGCGUUUUGCUGUAGGCACCUAGCAAGGCAGGCAUGUCUUCUGUAGGCGAUCCAGCAUCACAAAGCGCCUGCGAAACGCGGCUGAUUCUCUGGCUUUCCCCUCUGGCAAUAAAGGGACGAUCUGUGGUCACAAAUCAGCAUCACAAGUUUUCAGUAGUGCCGCUUUUUGGUAUGGGGAGGGGGGAUUGUUCCUCACAAUAUCAAGCAGGAGACGGGGGAAGUGGUGGUGAAGGACGAGGAAGGCGGGGGAAAAAAAGCUCCUAGAAGUAUGAAAAUAAAUCUAGCCGCAAAGUACCCAGUGGGGACCGUGAUCACCAUCGCGCCGUUCCAUUCCUGCGCGGCGUGUCAUCAGUAUCGAAGUUUGGUUGUCGAGGACGCGAAAGAAAACAUCGUUGCAACCUGGGAAAGGUGCAGUGGGCACGGGUGAAGAUGUUGAGGGCAUACAGGGAUAGUGAAAUAGAAAAUUGGCGAUGCGUUACUGUUUCUGACUGAGAAGUGCAUCUCCAUUCAAGGUGUCAUGUCGAUGCUCUCAUAAUUCAACUCAUGCUUACCCGACGGACGUAUCACUAUCAUUGCCAUGUACAGCCCAAUAAAAUCUUCGAAACUACUAAAUUUUGCGAUGAUGCGAAUCUGGCC